GAUAGUGGCAAAGAGAGAGAGAGGGGGCGGGGGGGAUAUUUUAGUUAUCAAACACUGUCUGACUAAUAAAACAGUGGCGGCUACAAGUGCUAGAGUGCAUCAAAACCCAAUGAACCCACAAGAAACUAACUAUAUGACCCAUAAAAUCUCAGCAGUUAAUGACCUUGCAUUACCUUAGAGGACCUUCACACCACUGCAUUUAUAUUUAUUUAUUUACAUUUCUCUACAUCAGCUAUAGCUUGUGUCAGAUUUACUAUAAACUGCUGAAUAAAUACAAAACACUCCUUGAUUUGAGACUAUAUUUAUUUUAUUGGCCUUCUGAUCGGAAGGUCGUGCGUUCAAAUCCCAGCACCGCAAAGCUGUUACUGCUGGGCCCUUGAGCGAAGGCCCUUAACCCUCAACUGCUCAGCUGUAUAAAUGAGAUGAGUGGAAGUAGCCCUGGAUAACGGCGUCUGCCAAACGCCACGGACGUAAAUUAGGACUAUGGUUGGUGCCGAGCGGUGAACCUGAAUACGUUCAGUUCUCAAAAGGGCUCUCUUUCUUUAAGAACAUUUCCACCCUUCCACCCUCCCUCGAGCGUCAGACACACCCACGGAGAGGAAAAGUCCGGGCAAGUUAACAGUGCGAGAUGAGUAAAGGAGAGGCUGUAAAUCCUCGUGUUUAAAGUGGAAGACAAGUGCGGCCUGCGUAGAUGGCCUAUGUGAGCUAGGGUGUCCAGACAAAGAACUUCUUCCGCUAUCCUCUGUCUCGUAGUCUCUUUCAUUUCCCCUCUCUCCUCUCUCUUCUCUCUCUCGCUAUCAGAAUGGAGUGCUGCCUGCUGACGGUGUGCGCUGCUUGUGCGGCUCUCCUUUUUGUCCUCUUUUAUUGGAUUGUGCCAGCUGUGCAGAGUAAUGGCAUGUGGGCAUUAAUAUGGCAUGACUUCAUCACUGAGCGACUGCGUGACAUGCUCACCCGCUCCACGCGGCCUCAGCGCAUGCUAAAAGCAGUGCAGAAGAACGCCACUAAAGGAAAUCCCGAGAGCGUCAUCUCUGCCAUCGACUACUUCUGCAAGAACUCUGAAUGGGCCAUGAAUGUGGGCGAUGAGAAAGGCUCCAUUUUGGACUCGGUGGUGACCGAGGUGAACCCAAGCACGGUUCUGGAGCUGGGUACGUACUGCGGGUAUUCCACAGUGAGGAUCGCCCGCCUGCUCUCCCCCGGCACCAAACUCAUCACGCUAGAGUUUAACCCAGCUUACGCCGCCAUCGCCAGGCAGAUCAUUGCCUACGCUGGCCUACAAGACAAGGUGACUCUAGUAGAGGGCUCGUCGGCUGAUUUGAUCCCCCAAAUAAAGGAGCGUUUUGGCAUCACAACGUUUGACUUCAUCUUUCUUGACCACUGGAAGGACCGGUACCUCCCUGACAUUAAGCUGUUUGAGGAGUACGGUUUGCUAAGGAAGGGGUCUGUGUUGCUGGCGGACAAUGUGAUUUGUCCUGGAGCGCCGGAAUACCUGGAGUAUGUGAGGAAUAGCCCUCGCUAUGAGAGCAGAUACUAUCCCGCCCACCUGGAGUACACCAAAGCAGAGGACGGACUGGAGAAGUCAGUCUUCUUGGGAUAAAAAGAAUAAGUUAUUGCCAACAACAACAACAACAACAACAGCAACAACAACAAUCACAAUGAUCUACAAUCAAUUAUAAUCCCAGUGCAGGGAAUAUAAAUAUUAACCAGUUCAAAUCAGUGUACUGGUUUCAGUAUUUACAAAAAAUACAACUGCAUUGAUUUAUAGGUGUGUGUUUAUAGGUGUGUGUUUAUAGGUGUGUGUUGAGGGAAAAGUUAGACGAAUGAGCUCAUACUUGUCUUGGUGUAAGAUAGUCCAUUAUCAUACAGCCACCUUUUUUAUUUAUCAUUAGUGUAGUAUUAUUUAGAAAUGUUAUUAAAUGGCAGAUUCACACCCUUCCCCACAAUUAACAUCCAAACUUUCCUACACGCUGCUCCAGAAUUAUUGGCACCCUUGUUAAAGAUGGGCAAAAUGUGAAGGUGAAAAAUAUAUCGAUUGCUGAUGAGGUCUCACCUGGACACUAUAAAUUUGUACUUAAGACCUACUACUGCUGCAAUCAUAAACACUGUCCUGUACUUAUCCUGGGAUACGGGAUACUCGUUGAACAUGCCUCCUACACACUUAGCAUUGUUUGACUUCAUAAUACACCGCUUGAUCUUACGUCGUCAUUACCUCUACAUUGCAUGUGGAAGACGCUGAAUUACAUAUAUUAAUUUUUUUUUUUUAAAAAGAAGGAAAAAAAAGAUUACUUUUUCCCCCACAAUGUUUUGACAUGCACACAAAUAAAAUCCCAAACAAAUGUACACCCAAUAUUGAAACGCAAUAUGAUUUAACCAUCUUUCCUUGGAGAAUAUGUAUUUUUGUGAUUAUAAUGAUGAGUGGGAGCUUUCCAAUGACUGUAAGCUUUCUAAAGAUAAUAAAAAUAUGAAUGACCAUCUG